UGUCUUGUCGAAUGUGUUUUCUGUGUUUGGUGUGGUCCAGUUGACAAUGGUAUGCCUGCAUGCUUUGGUGCGUGGGCAUUGACGUGCCAAGGCAUACGCAUCAAUGACUAUGUGCCGAGGCAUAUGUGUUGACGACUACACCAACUACUACGACUACGCACCAAGGCAUGUAGGCAUACACGUUGAUGACUACGCCGACUACUACAUCUACAACUACGCACCAAGGCAUGCAGGCAUAUGCAUUGAUGACUACACCGACUACUGCGUCUACAACUACGCACCAAGGCAUGCAGGCAUAGGCGUCGAUGACUACACCGACUACUACGUCGACUACAAGCAUAUGCAUCUGAUUACACCGACUACUACGUCUACAACUACGCACCAAGUCAUGCAGACAUAUGCGUCGAUGAUUACGCCGACAACUACGUCUACGACGACUACUACGUCUACAACUACGCACCAAGGCAUGCAGGCAUAUGGGUCGAUGACUACACCGACUACUAUGUCUACGUCGACUACUACGUCUACAACUAUGCACCAAGGCAUGCAGGCAUAUGCGUCGAUGACUACACCGACUACUAUGUCUACAACUAUGCCGACUACUACGUCUACAACUACGCACAAAGGCAUGCAGGUAUACGCUUCAACAGGUAUGUCCCAAGGCAUGACCACUGACUAUAACUUAAUAAAACAAAAUAAAAAGCCAUAUUUUUUGUGUGUUUUCAUUUACUCAAAUGUCUUGUCGAAUGUGUUUUCUGUGUCUGGUGUGGUCCAGUUGACAAUGGUAUGCCUGCAUGCUUUGGUGCGUGGGCGUUGACAUGCCAAGGCAUGCAGGCAUACGCAUCAAUGACUAUAUGCCGAGGCAUAUGUGUUGAUGACUACACCAACUACUACGACUACGCACCAAGGCAUGUAGGCAUACGCGUUGAUGACUACGCCGACUACUACGUCUACGACUACGCUGACUACUACAUCUACAACUAC